AUGGCUUCGGCGGUAACAAAAGCCGCACUCUCCGCGCCGCUGAGACGGGCUCUCGUCCAGUCCCAGUCGCGCGGCUUCCAGACCACCACAAAGAGCCUGCUUCCAUCAGCAUUCGGCUCCAGCUCCAGUAUCCCGCCCUCCUACUUCCAGAGGUCGUCCCUCCCCGCCAACACCGUCAUCCGCUUCGUUCCGCAACAGACGGCAUGGAUCGUUGAGCGCAUGGGAAAGUUCAACCGCAUCCUCGAACCCGGUCUGGCCAUUCUCGUCCCCUUUAUCGACCGCAUCUCCUACGUCAAGUCACUCAAGGAAAAUGCACUCGAGAUCCCCAGUCAAAGCGCCAUUACCGCCGACAACGUCACCCUCGAACUCGAUGGCGUCCUCUACACCCGCGUCUUUGACGCCUACAAGGCCAGCUACGGAGUCGAAGAUGCCGAAUACGCCAUCUCCCAGCUGGCGCAAACCACGAUGCGAUCCGAAAUCGGCCAGCUGACCCUCGACCACGUCCUCAAGGAGCGCGCCGCCCUCAACACAAACAUCACCGCCGCCAUCAACGAAGCCGCCCAGGCCUGGGGCGUCACCUGCCUCCGUUACGAGAUCCGAGACAUCCACGCCCCCGCCGGCGUCGUCGAAGCCAUGCACCGCCAGGUCACCGCCGAGCGCUCGAAGCGCGCCGAGAUCCUCGACUCUGAGGGUCAGAGGCAGUCGGCCAUCAACAUCGCCGAGGGUAAGAAGCAGAGCGUCAUUCUGGCGUCCGAGGCCUUGCGCGCCGAGCAGAUCAACAGGGCGUCUGGUGAGGCCGAGGCCAUCCUCAUGAAGGCCAAGGCUACCGCCGCUGGUAUCGAGGCCGUCUCCAAGAGCAUUGCCGAUGGCGAGGAUGCGGCACAGGGUGCCAUCAGCCUGUCUGUUGCCGAGAAGUACGUUGACGCGUUUGGCAAGCUGGCCAAGGAGAGCACGGCUGUCGUAGUCCCCGGAAACGUGGGAGACAUCUCGAGCAUGAUUGCCACCGGCCUGAGCGUGUACGGCAAGGUUGGACAGGCACAGGCCAGGACGAUGGCGAAGCAGCUGGUCGGCAACGAGUCGGCGGAGGAGUCUGGCGAGGGAGCGUCCGGGGAACCCAAGCAGCUGAAGGAUUCGGUGCUUGAGAGCUUCGACCAGGCGGCGGGACAGAAAUGA